AUGGAGAAUGAAGAGGGUUACACAGAACUUCAUUUCAAAACGAGAAAGAAAAGCUCCAAUGCAGAACUUCCCUCUAAUUCUUCAGGCUUGCGGUAUCUUGCUGCUCUCUCAGGAUUUCUGAAUGUUGUAUUUCUGGGAGCUGUGAUCACAUUAAUUCAGCAAUGUGACUUGCUAUCAGGCGACAUGUGGAAGCUCAGAAAAAAUCUUUCUGGAAGUGACAGUAUCUUUGAGGAAGAUCUUCAUGAAAACAGCUUACUGACGACAUUAAAGGAAAGCUUAUGCUUGCAUACAAAUGACUCCAGAUGUGAACUCUGCCCCAUUGGCUGGAAGCUGCAUUACGGGAGAUGUUAUUUCUACUCAGAAACUCGUGACACCUGGGAGAAUAGUAAAAAGUAUUGCUCAGAAAAAAAAACUGAGCUCCUGGUUAUAGAGGCCGAGACCGAAAUGGAUUUCUUAAACAAACUGAAGGAUAAAGACAUUGGCUUUGUUUGGACUGGAUUAAGCUUUGAUGAGGAGGAAGGAAGAUGGGUAUGGCUCAAUGAUCCCAGACAUCCAGGGCACAGUUUUACAAUAAAAGGAAGGAAGGAAGAAGAAAAAUGUGCUGCCUAUAAGUUGACAGAAAUCCAUGCUGAUAACUGCCACUCCAUGUACAAGUGGAUUUGCAAGAAGAGCGCCGUUCUUCUGGGUAUCUAA